AUGAACCGCAACCUAUUUGUUGUUCUACUUGUCACAAUGCUAGCUAUGCAAGUAGCAUCACAGUGGGGAUAUGGAUACGGCUAUCCGUACGGAGGCUACUACGGAGGAUAUGGUUAUCCAUACGGGGGAUACGGUUACGGUUACCCAUAUCGGGGAUAUGGAUACAGUCCUCUGAGAGGAGCACUUCGUGGAGCUCUUAUCGGUGGUAUGAUGGGAGCAAUGAUGGGAAAGAAGUGA